UUGGCCCAGCCGACAAGUCAGCCUUCAAUAACAAAAAGGAGGUCUUGGCCUUUCUUCCUUUCAUCUGUUCUUUCUUCUUCCUCUGCGACUUCCUAUCUGCCACAACAAACAUGGAGCGGUCAAUAAAAAGAACUUUGUCGCCCAAGUUAGGUUUGAUAGCUUCUCUAGUAAGUCUAUGGAUCUUCGCUUCUUUCUGCCAUGGACAAACAUUCAAUAGUUUCCACCCAGAACGCCGGGAUUGGGUCUUCAACCAUUUGACGGUCCACAGAUCGACAGGAGCUCUGUACAUCGGAGCGGUCAACCGUGUUUACAAGCUUUCCGGAAACUUAACUUUACUAGUCUCCCAUGAUACCGGCCCUGAAAAUGACAACAAAGCUUGCUACCCACCUCUUAUAGUUCAACCAUGCUCUGAACCACUAGUCUCAACCAACAACGUUAACAAACUUCUUCUCAUCGAUUACUCCCAAAACCGCUUGCUGGCUUGCGGUAGCUUAUAUCAAGGUGUCUGCAAGCUGUUACGACUUGACGAUCUCUUUAUCCUUGUUGAGCCAUCCCAUAAAAAAGAACACUACCUCUCUAGCGUUAACCAAACCGGGACCAUGUACGGGGUAAUCGUGUCUUCUCAAGGCCAGGAUGGGACCCUCUUCAUCGGGACGGCUGUUGACGGAAAGCAGGACUACUUCCCCACCAUCUCCAGCCGGAAGUUGCCUCGCGAUCCAGAAUCUUCUGCCAUGCUCGACUACGAGUUGCAUACCGAUUUUGUGUCAUCGUUGAUAAAAAUCCCAUCGGACACACUGGCGCUAGUCUCUCAUUUUGAUAUCUACUACGUCUAUGGGUUCUCGAGUGGUAGCUUUGUGUAUUUCUUGACCGUCCAACCAGAGAUUCCUGAAAAUAGCAUGUCCUCAAGCGGAUCCCCGAGCGAUCUGUUCUACACUUCACGCAUUGUCAGGCUUUGCAAGGAUGACCGCAAGUUCCACUCUUACGUAUCCUUACCGAUUGGCUGUGUGAAGAAUGGAAUUGAGUACAGACUUUUGCAGGCAGCCUACCUUGGAAAACCUGGUCGUGUUCUAGCCUCUUCGUUGAACAUCAGCGCUCAAGACGAUGUUCUCUUUACCGUCUUCUCCAAAGGCCAAAAACAGUUCCACCGGCCUCCAGAUGACUCAGCGCUCUGUAUCUUCACCAUCAAAGAUAUAAAUGCUCGGAUCAAGGAGAGGCUGCAGUCCUGCUACCAGGGAGAGGGCAACCUGGAGCUCAACUGGCUGCUCGGCAAGGACGUACAGUGCACUAAAGCUCCGGUGCCCAUCGAUGACUCGUUCUGUGGUCUUGACAUAAACCAGCCUCUAGGGGGCUCCCAGCUGGUCACGGGUCACACUCUGUACACGGAGACAAGGGACCGCAUGACCUCCGUGACCUCCUACGUCUACAACGGCUACUGCGUGGCGUUUGUCGGCACCAAGAGCGGACGCCUCAAGAAGGGGUGGACCUCUGGAACAAUUGUACAGAAGAAAGAACAGAAAAUUGUGCAUCACUCUCUUUAAAUGUUUAACUCUGGG